UAAUAAACCUCUCCAAAUUUGGCAUACCGAAACUGACAAAGACUACCAAGAAAGUCAUGUUACAUGUAUAAUUGAUGAGGAUAUAAAUUCCAUGGUCAUUGAGAUUACCUCGCCAAAUGUUGCCACCACAUAUAUAACUUCUCCUGCUCAACUUAAUCGAACUCUUGGUAUAAAACUACCAAUCCUUGUUUUUAUAGUUAAAAAUAUGAAAAAAUAUUUUACUUUUGAAGUUCAAAUAUUGGAUGAUAAGAACAUUAAAAGAAGAUUUAGAGCAUCAAAUUAUCAGUCAGUUACUCGUGUAAAACCUUAUAUUUGUACAAUGCCAAUGCGUUUAGAUGAAGGAUGGAAUCAGAUUCAAUUUAAUCUUGCUGAUUUUACACGUCGUGCUUAUAGCACUAAUUAUGUUGAAACAUCAAGAGUACAAAUACAUGCUAAUUGUAGAUUAAGAAGAGUAUAUUUUGCUGACAGAAUUUAUGCUGAAGAAGAAUUGCCUCCUGAAAUGAAAUUAUGGUUACCAGUUGAUAGACAAUAA